UUUGUGAGCGAGGUGACGUGUGAUGGACCAAAACAACCCGGCGGAGUAGAAAAUAAAGUGUAUAUGACUCCUUUCUGUGCUGAGAGGCUUUUUAAGGUAGCGCUUUGCAUGCGGGGUGUGUCUUUGUUAUGAAACUGACAGCGGUGAGCUCAGCUCCUCUCACCGUCUUCAUCUAAGUUUCGUCUGCUUGCCCCGGGCGCUUGUUUCUAUGGAUUUACUUCCAGCGUUUGUGAUUCUCCUGCUAUUACAGUUUAAUGAUUCUUAAAGUUUGAGCGCAAUAGCGGAUAAAGCUGUUGCGCGUUUUUCAGUGGCGCCUGACAGGCACUGGACAGCUGCGGGAGUUCGUCUAUGCUCCCUCCAAAAACUCCCGACCGGUAGUCACCCUUUAAAACUUGCUGACCCGGGGUUGAAGCAGUAGUCUUGUUUUUUAGUGUUAUCGGCCCACAGCGGGCAGAAAGCCUCUCAAACUGCGCAGCCGAAGGUCUUUAUGGGAACAUUUUUGUUUCCACAGCGCAUGGCCAUGGAAGUGGAGCUCGGUGGAAUAUUUACAGACAACAUCACCUAUGAGGAAUAUGACUACGUGUAUGAGGAUCCAGUCAAAAGAGGCAGCGAGGCAGUGUGGAUUCCUGCUCUGUACUCUUUAGUGUUUUUUGUGGGCAUACUGGGAAAUAUCAUUCUACUGACAGUUCUGGUUCAAAAGAGGAGAUCGUGGAGCAUAUCAGACAUUUUUAUUCUCCAACUGAGUUGCGCAGACAUCCUGCUUCUGUUGAUGCUGCCCUUCUGGGCUGCACAGACGACUCAGAAUUGUGAUUGGGCCUCUGGGAUUUUCAGCAAGAUCUUUGGGGCCAUUUUCAAGCUCAACUACUACUGUGGGAUCUUUCUGCUGGUUUUCAUCACUCUAGAAAGCUACCUGUUUGUCAUCCAUGGUAUCCAACUGUAUUCUCACGGGAAGCCCUGGUUAGCUAUCACCUGCCUGUCAAUCUGGGUUAUCUCUGUUCUCCUCACCAUACCUGACAUGAUUAUGCUGCUGGGUGAAAAGGAUUCCACAGAAGAGAUAACAUGUGUUCAUGACUACCCUCAGUCUGGGGCUGAGUGGCAGUUGUGGUCACGCCUGCUCCACCACAUAGUCGGCUUUGUGCUACCUGGAGUCACACUGAUGAUCUGUUGCUCACAUAUGCUGUGGCAGCACUGCAGCUCUCAUGGCCUCUCAACACAGAGAAAUGUCGCUGUCAUCUCGUCUUUGGUUUUGGUAUUCUGUCUCUGCUGGGUGCCCUACAACUUCAUACUCAUUUUGGACACUCUCAAGAACAGACUUAAGGAACCCUCCUCACCUGAAAGUUCUGAAGGCUCAAUAAAAACACUUCUUAUGGUUACUUCUGCUCUAGGCUGCCUCCACGCCAGCCUGAGGCCUCUGCUGUAUCUCGGCCUGUGUGGAAACUUCAGGAAACAUUUACUGGCUAUGCUGAGAUGUACGAAAACUGAACCCGAAGGCUCACUUUGGGAUCUUGGUUUAGGCCAGAGAGAGCAGCCUGACCACAGUCACGAUGAAGGCGUACAGCUGAAACCGAUGACAGUUUCACAGAAUCAGGUGCCAUCAGCUUUGUGAAGAUGGAUAGACAAAAAUACCCUCCUGUGACUCACAUGUGAGCUGAAUGAUGGUACACUCACUGAGAGGAAGUGAAUGCAAUCUCAUGUCAUGGGUUCGAGGGUAGGGAAGGACUAUUUUCAAUGUAACUGUGGCAUGUAGAAUGUUAAGGUUUCAGAGCUGCAUCAUGGUGACACAUACUCACCCAAAAGCAUUAGAAGUAGAUAUCUGUAUUUAAUUUUGGAUUAUUUUAAAUUAUUUAGUUUUUUUUUAGCAAUAGUUAAAAAUCUGUUGUCUGUGUUUUCAGCACAAUUAUUAUAAAGCUAAAACCAUAAUCUUUGAAAUUCAGUGUACUGUAAUUCAAGCUGUUAUUGUUCCCAGCAUAAUUGUCUCAGAGUUUGUGACUUUAUUGCAGUUAGCACGACUUACUGUUUCACUUUUCUUUUAACGCACUCUCUUUGACUUGUCUUGAAGCAGUGAAAAUGUGAAUCCCAUGAUUGCACAAUGACAUGUUACUUGGUGGCUUUAUUGUUGCAACAUGGAAUGUACAGACAGGACACAGGAAGGAAAAAAAAAAAACGUGGUGAUGUCAUCAGUCAGGUGACAGAGCAAAGCAGUGGAGGAGGGGUGCUGCAGCCUUUUCUUAGCUCUCUGCUUACGCUCAUCUAACGACUCUUCUAUGUUUGGUAGAGAGAACUGUGACAUGCUUUGUGCAUAGAGGCAGCUGAAAAAAAAAAUGAGUAGGUGGGAAAAGAACAAAGUUAGAGAAGAUAGAAACUUAUUGUGAUGAUAAUAGUGCAUGUUGUGCUGCACAUAGAAGUCUGUGGUUUUUGCCUCCGCACUGCUCUGCGGGUUAUGACCUGUCGUGCUUGCCUGGUUUCAAAGCCUAACAAUCUUGAAAUAUUUAACUGUGUUCAACAAUAAAGUGCAGUUCACUGCUGAUGAUUCUUCUGGAAACCUAAUAUACAGUCAUUUCACGCUCAAAAAAUAUGCUGUUUCCUCUUCUCAGUGCACCUAUAUUCCUUCCUCUCUCUGCUGUGUUGGCUGUUUAGAGCGUUGAUAAGAACAUGGCCUAAUGUGUGGAAAUGGUGGUUGUCAAAAGCAGCAAAAACACUUCAUGUUUAAGUCAUAGUCAACAGUCUUGAGCGGCACAUCAAAGUGAAAGAUUAUUUCCUGCUUCAGCUUAUCCGGUAACUAAGAUAAAGAAGAGCAGCUAAUUGGGUCUUUUCUUUAAUGAGUAACAAGCCAGUUAUCAGCAUGGACAUCAUUUUUGGGAAGCUGAGUAGAGUGCACUCAGAAAGAAAAGAAAAGAAAACUUCUUGCAUACAACUUGAUAAAAGUUAAAAACACUUAGCAUAAAUACUGUGUGAAGGAAACAAGGCCGAGUUGUUGACCUCGUUUGACUGGCUUUGCAGACAGUGUCGUUUAUCCACCCUGCUCUCUGUAGCUUCAAGACUGAAAUGUUUAUAUUUUAGGCAUAAUGAUUUUGGCUGGGAUGAUCUUUACACUGCUGCCCUCAAAUAUCUGUCUUUCAUGUAAAUAUGUAAGCAAAAACAGUGACGCAUUGUGUUUUUUUUAAUGUCAGUCACAAGCACGUCCCGAGUCAUUAUCUCAGCAUUUCCAUGUGUUCCUUAUAAAUCUCUGCUUCCACGAUGUGGUUGAGGGAGUGUAUCUGCUUUUCAUUUUUUUUUGCUUCUGUUUCCUGUCAAAAACAUGUGAGCUAUUUCUACAGAAACUGCUACAUGUGAGUUUACAUUUUUAUGUGUCAUCCUUCUUCAUUCAUUUACCAAAAUAUAUCAUACAUUUUUAACUUAUUUUGAGGUUAUACAGCCCAUUAUAAAAUUUCAAAAUAUACUGAAAAAGACAAAGAAUGGACAGAAAUGUUGCACAGUCUUGUGUCCCUUCUCUUGCUUUAUUUUGGCUGGCUCCUAUUCCUGCAGUGGACUCUACAUACUGUUGGAUGGAUGCCAUUAAAAAUUGUGAGAUGGUGUGAUACACAGACCAAUGGUAUGUGUAAACAGGAAAGUUUCCAUCACUGGUUACCCUUCAGUAAAGUUUUUUUGCCUGUAUACUGACAGGCAAAAAAACUCUUUAAAAAUUUUUUUACAUGUUUAUUUUGUUGCAGAUUUUAACUCUGCUCUAAAAGUGUGUCAUGUUUAAAACUGGUUUGAUGUGGUUUGACCCACGUUUCCCUGAUUUUACUUUUUAUUUAUUUAGCAACAAAGUGUUAUUAGCGCAAACUGGGAAACUCUGGAGUAGCCUUUUUAA